AUGCUCUCCAAAGCCCUCACCCUCACCCUCCGCCGCGCCCUCCCUCCCCGCGCCCCGCUCUCCACGCGCCUCACGCAACGCACCCACAUCCACACGCCGAGCUGCAAUUGCCUGCGCCCAAGCCUCCUCGCACGUCCCACACUACAAACCCGCAGCAGUACCGGUGGUGGAAUUGGGGAUUUGGCCUCGCGGUUCAAUGGGUUGGGAUUCGGACAAACGCGCGGCAUGAAAGUCCGGAGCUCGGUUAAGAAAUUGUGUGAAGGGUGUAAGAGCGUGAGGCGCAAGAAAGGAAGAUAUGUGUAUAUUAUUUGUUCCAAGAAUCCGAAGCAUAAGCAGAGGUGA